AAUAUCUACGAAGGCGACGUUGUUACUUGCGUCCAUUAUGCUAGCUUGUAUCCGUCGUUGGUCCGAGAACUGCAGCAAUCGGGAGUGGGUACUCAGCUGCAGCAUGUUCGACAAGGAUGGCAUGUUCUCGGAUAACUGCGGCGAGAACUUCUUGACGUGUCAACGUUCCCCGUUGAGCUUCGACUUCUCGCAGUUGACGUUCCAUUAUCGCGCUGAAGAGGAGGUCGUAAUCGAGUGGUGUUCCUUCGAGAAUCGGAGGAGCACAAGCGUGCAUUAAUCGCUGUCGCGCUUCAGGAUCGAUCACAGGUUGCAAGGCACGAUACGUUCUGGAGUAUGCAAGCAUCGAUAUCUUCCGUUUGAAUAUCUUCCAGAUUACAGUUUAGCUGAACUAGGCAAAUACGCGAAUGAGAAUCUACAGGAGUAGAGCGUGUCGUCAGCCAUCUUAAUAUCUUGGCUGACACUUGACAAUGGGUGACAGUUCGUUAAGAAAAAAUAUUCCUUAA